AUGCUUUGCAACGAAUCGAUCCUCGGAGCAGAUUUCCGCCACACUACAUAUCAAGAUCGCCUGGCCGGAAACUCUGAAGCGGGGAGGUCGGGUCAGAAGAUGAAAGUUAUUGUCGUCGUCGAAGCAGAUGGUGGAUCGGUGCAGUUCGGAGAUCCGGGCCACCACUCAACAACGCACUGCCAUUUGUGUAAUACUGCAGGUUGCCGAGAUCCUGUAACAGUGAAUCAGACCGAUUCAAGACCUAAGUUGCUCUCUACGAAAAGAACUGGAGGAUCUGAAAGUACUCUUAGAAUCGAGAUCUUAGAAUGUCUAAAAGUACCGCAAGCGGCAGUGAAUUCCGCUUCUUACGGCGAUUCCAGGACAAUCAGCACUAGCAAAAACCCAUUACACGAAGGGAUAGCAGCUGAAAGAUCUGCCAAGGUGUUCGACAUCAAUUCAGAAUUGUAA